UGUAUUACACAGGGUUACCCUCAUCAAACAUUUUCAAGCACAUUUUAAAUUUUGUUCUUGAGCGAAACCCUCAGCUUCUCAAACAUGAUACUAAACAGAUCACCAGUGCCGAAGAACAAUUCUUCAUGGUCUUGGUGCGCUUGCGCACUGGCAUGGCAUCAUUUGAGAUAGCCAGAAACUUUGAGAUCUCUAUGCCGAGUUUCAGCAGAAUUUUUUCUCGGUGGGUGCUCAUACUAGAGAAAGAACUUCAUGCACUGACAGCUUUUCCGACACUCGCUGAAGUGCAGCAAAACAUGCCACAUCAUUUCAGGCAGCACCCCAACACUCGCAUUGUCCUCGACACUACGGAAGUACGAAUUCAGAAGCCCUCAGGCCUUAAUGCCCAAAGACAGACCUUCUCAUCCUACAAGUAUGCAAACACCAUGAAGUGUCUUGUAGGUGCCACACCAGACUGCUACAUUUCCUACGUUUCAAAAUUGUAUGGUGGAGGGACUAGUGACAGGGCAAUUGUUCAGCAGUCAGGUGUCCUUGAUAUCUUGGAGCCAUGGGAUGCUGUAAUGGUGGACAAGGGCUUUAAGAUUGAGGAUUUGCUGCCCUUAGGUGUGUCUCGCCACAUGCCGCCAUUCAGGAUUGCUGGCGAGCCUCAGAUGAGCCAACAAGAUGUGGAGGAAACAAAGAGAGUGGCAAGUGCCCGGGUGCAUAUUGAAAGAGUCAUUCGCAGAAUUAAGGAGUUCCAUAUCCUCGACAGACCAUUUCCAAUCAAUAUGAUUGAUUUAGCCGACGCUGUUUUCAAAACAUGCGCAUACCUAUGCAACUUCAGGGGAGCCCUCAUUCGAAAGAACCUACAAAAUGAAAUGUCAGAUUCCGAGUAG